AUGUCUCCGCCGAUUGCAUCAGGAGGAAAGAGGGACUCGGCCCAGGCGCGCCUGCUGGGCUCGGGCACCUCGGGCAUCGCAGAGCUCCUCGUCUUCCACCCCGUCGACACCGUCGCCAAGCGCCUCAUGUCCAACAAGCAGCAGGGCAUCAGCAUGUCGCAGAUCGUCUUCAAGGACAAGGCGACGGCCAGCGUCGGAACCAAGUUCAUGUCCCUCUUCCCCGGUCUCGGCUACGCCGCAGGCUACAAGGUGCUCCAGCGAAUCUACAAGUUCGGCGGCCAGCCCUACUUCAACGACUACCUUCGCAGCAACUACAAAUCCAAGUUUGACAACCUCUUUGGCGAGCGCGCCGGCAAGUCGAUGAUGAGCGCCACCGCUGGAUCCCUGACCGGCAUCGGCGAGAUUGUGCUGCUCCCGCUCGAUGUGCUCAAGAUCAAGCGCCAGACGAACCCCGAGGCGUUCCGGUCGCGCGGCUUCCUCCGCAUCCUUGCCGACGAGAACGUGGCGCUUUACCGCGGCUGGGGCUGGACCGCCGCCCGCAACGCUCCCGGCUCGUUUGCCCUCUUUGGCGGCUCGGCCUUCACCAAGGAGUACGUCUUUGGCCUCAAGGACUACAACUCGGCCACCUGGACCCAGAACUUCUUUGCCUCGAUCGGCGGCUCGGUCGCCUCGAUCACGGUGGCGGCGCCGCUCGACGUCGUCAAGACGCGCAUCCAGAACGCCAACUUCGAGAGCAAGGUGGGCGGCGUCACCAUCAUCAAGGACAUGAUCAAGAACGAGGGCUUCCGCGCCUUUUUCAAGGGCCUCACACCAAAGGUCCUCGUCGUCGGCCCCAAGCUCGUCUUCUCCUUCACCAUCGCCCAGUCCCUCAUCCCCUUCUUUGGACAGUACGUCUGA